GAAUGUAGUCUAGGUACUGUUCCAGUACAAUUUUGUGUCGAAUCUGACUGUCAGACUGUUUGAAUUUCAAGAUCAAGCUGACAUGAUUUUUACUGGUGCAAGUAAAAAUGAAAAAUGUGUCUAUCCAUUAAAUUGAUUAUCAAUAUUGAUUCAUAGUCUUGUCGGAGCUAAUGUCUUCAUAAACUGUUUAAUUCAGAAUUUAGUGAACGUCUGUAUAAUAAUAAUAACAGUAUACGAGAAGUAAAUUGUAAUGGCGCCGCCAAUUCAUGUUGACGUAAGUGUAACAAAAGAUGGAGAAGUAGCAAUUUUGACAAUGUCAGGUACUCAAAACAGAAUUAACACGAUGUUUUGCAAAAAGUGGCUGAAAGCACUGGACAAAGUGGAGUCCUGGCCGGAGGUGAAGGCUCUUGUUACAACUGGUUCUGGGAAAUUUUAUUCCAAUGGGCUUGACCUUGAAAAUUUGAUGACGUUAACAGAAGAUGAAGGAACUGAAUUUGGUAAACUGUUUUUGGAAUUACGAAGACGCAUUUUGUGUUUUCCAAUGGUUACUGUGGCAGCAAUUAACGGCCACUGCUUUGCUGGUGGCAUGUUGAUUGCUUUUCUUCAUGACUACAGAGUCAUGCAUGAUGGACGAGGUUGGAUGUGCCUAAAUGAGAUAGAUCUUGGAAUGGUAUUUACACCUUCUUUAAAAGCAAUAAUAACGACAAAAUUCACUCCAGUGAUGAUCAGGGAGGCUACCAUAUUUGGGAAUCGCUUUACUGGGCCACAAGCAUUAAAAUUGGGAUUUAUUGACAAACUGGCUGACAAUGGUAAAUCUGUCCAAGUAGCUAUUGAUUUGGCUCAAUCACUCACAGCUGGAAGGUCGUAUGGUCGUCAAAUUGUACAUGAUAUGAAGGAAGAUUUUUAUGGCCAUAUUGUUUUUGAUGAUAUGGCAAAGUUGGAGAGACCAAAACCAAAGUUAUAAUCAUUCUUUUAGGUAAUUACUAUUUUAUCACAUGAUUUUAAUUGAUUUGUUACAUAAUCUAUGCAUUAAUUAUUAACCGAAUCAGUAUUACUAAUUAUUUACUAUCCAUAUUUAUUAAUUACAUUACAUUUUAACGAUAUUCAUUGUGUGUUUUAAUGUUUAGUUUUAAUAACAUAGAUGACACUCUUUCAUACAUCUUUUAUAUAUACAUAAUAUACCUACCCCGUCAAUUGCAUAGGAUUUUUACCAGUCAAGCAUAAAUGUAGCAAUAAUGAAUGUAUCAAUAUACAAAAUUUAUGGCUAAAUAGAAAAUAUGGUGAACAAAUUUCUUGUAAAAUACAUUUUUGAUCAACUUUCCUGUGGAAUUUCAAUUUCUUUUUUUGUGCGAUAUUUAUAAAUGCUGACUGUCAAGGAUUUCUAAAUAUUUUGUGUAAAACUGGUAUUUAUGUACAAAUAGAUAGACAUUAGGUAGGACUUUUUGUUUAUUCUAUUUAAUUAUACCUUUUAUAAAUUGAGCCAUAAUCUUUACUAACAUGGAGAUUUGUGGGACAGAAUGACGAACCAUUGUAUAUUGAAUGCUAUUAUAGGUCGCUUAUGAGAUUUUCAAAACAACGUUCUAUUUAGUAUUUUGUAAGUUUCAUGUUUCCUAUUGUUAUUUUCUCCAUGAAAUGUUGCUCCAAAAUUUGUUCCUGUAUUUAAUGACAUUUUUUCAAUUUCACCUCUCACGAGUAUGUUGACUUUGCAUAUUGGUUAG